AUGGUAUUAUGUAAAGAAUGUGGCAAGAAGCUUGCUGAUAAUAAUUCUUAUCUCAUUCACAUUUCAACAAUUCAUAGAUUUUUGAGUAACUUUUCAUGUGGCCAACAGGAUUGUCCAAGGAAGUUCAAUACUUUAUCAUCUUUGAAAAAACAUACACAAAAAUUUCACUCAGAGAAAAAUGUGGCCAAAAAUAAAAAUUCUGAAUCUAAAUCCUCUUCUAAUAAUUCUUUCCAUUAUGACAAUGAGGUUUUAUAUGAUGAAUGUCCAGAACUGUCCGAAAAUUCUCCUAAUAUUGUAGAAACUAUUUUGCAAGAUACAUUUGAAUUGCAAAUGUUAACUUUUGUGAAUAAACUAUAUUCUCAUCCUGCCAUCAAUAGAUCUGUUGUUCAUGACAUUAUAGGCACUACUUCUGAGCUGAUCAAUAACAUAUUCUCAAAUAUCCUUUUAAAAAUUGAAGAUUUACCAAAUCUGCAAGGUCAUUCAUCCUAUAAUGAAAUUAUCUCAGCGCUAUCAACGGAUAUUUUCAAAUCUUGUAAAUCAGAGUAUAAACGGUUUCAACUUUUGGCAAAACAUAAUUUAUAUUUCAAACCAGAAGAGUAUUUCAUUGGCUACCUCCCUGAAAGUAGAACCUCAUCUAUUGCUAGUACAUCACAAGUACUCACAAAACAAUGUAAAGGCGUAAUUAUAUCUCUCAGAAAAAUUCUUAAAAAAUAUUUAGAAACCCCUGGUGUUCUUCAAUACAUGUUGGAUUAUAUCAAAAAUGAAGAAGAGGUUUCUGAUUAUAUGAGCAGCAUGUUUAAUUGUAGCUUAUGGAAAUUUAUAAAAAAUAAAAUGGGGAAUAAAACGAUACUUCCUUUAUAUUUAUAUUAUGAUGAUUUUGAGACUGGAAAUGUUUUAGGAACCCAAGCAGGAGUUCACAAAUUAGGGGGAGUUUAUGUGUCGUUUGCUUGUAUGGGGCCAGAAUUUGCAUCAAGAUUAGAAAGUAUAUUUUUGUGGGGAAUAUUUUACUCGUCAGAUCGUGUUACUUUUGGCAAUGAGGCUGUUUUCAAAGUCUUCUUAGAUGAAUUGAAAUUCUUGGAAACUGUUGGCAUAAAUGUAAAUAACAAACAAAUUUUCUUUGUUGUACCAGUUUUUUUAGGCGAUAACUUGGGAGUUAAUUCAAUUCUAGGCUUUCAUGAGAGUUUUUCAUCGAACAAUUUUUGUCGUGCAUGUUUUUCUCAUAAAAAUGAAACAAAAUUUAUGACUAGAGAAAAUAAGAAUAGUUUGAGAAAUGAAGAUAAUUAUAACAUACAUAUUGAAGAGAACAGUCAUGGAAUAAAAAGUUCUUGUAUGUGGAAUGAAUUAUCUUAUUACCAUGUCACUAAAAAUUUGCACUUUGAUAUAAUGCAUGACUUGUACGAAGGCAUUUGUCGUUACGAUUUCGGUAGAAUUUUGAAAUUUUUCAUAAAAGAGAAAAUUUUCACUCUGGAAACCCUUAAUAGAAGAAUCAAAUACUUUAAUCAUUCAUCUGUAGAUGUAGGUAAUAAAAUUCCAUUAAUUCCAACAACACAAAUUGAAAAGCAAAUAAUUAUUAUGUCAUCAGCAGAAAUGCAUGCAUUCCUUACCUAUUUCAGUUUUAUUGUUGGUGACUUAGUGGAUGAAUCAGAUGAGGUAUGGCAUUUUUAUCUGUUACUUUUCAAUAUAGUGCAGAUAGUGAUAAAACCAUCGAUUAAUGAAAGCGAAUUGAUAUAUUUGGAUAAUUUAAUUCAUGAGCAUCAUUCCUUGUAUAUUUCUUUGUUUAAUGAACAUCUUACCCCAAAAUUUCAUUUUCUUCUUCAUUAUUCACGAACUAUACGUAAUAUAGGACCACUUUCCAGGGUUUCUUCCAUUCGUUUCAAAGCUUUUCAUAGAGUAAGCAAGUCGUACAGUAAUGUUACAUCUUCUCGUAUUAAUCUACCACUCAGUUUAGGGGUGAAACACCAACUCAAAUUGGCCUACCGUUUUCUCCUUGGUAAUGGAAUUUGCGACAGUAUACAAUUUAGUGAAACAAGAACAGUUCCUUCCGAAACACAAGUUUCUUUUUUGAAAAGUGCUGGGUUUGAAGCAUCUUGCCUUUUCAUUAGCUGGCUUAAAUUGAAUGGCAUAAUGUUCAAAAAAGGAUUGAUUGCUCAAGUUGAUCGAGACGAUUUCGGCGAACCAGUAUUUGGAAUUAUUGAAGAAGUUUUCGUAACAGAUGACCAAAAAUUUUAUUUAGUCUAUAAGAUGAUCGAGUGUUAUGGUUUCAUUAAACAUUACGAAGCAUAUCUUGUUGAGAAAGUUCUACCAAAGAAUUAUAUUAUUAAUACAAAAUCGUUGUACUCACCUUUUUUAACUCAUAUUCAUGCUAAUGCUGAAGGAAAUAAAUUCAUUUCCUCCGUGAAACAGGAAAUGUGA